UUGCCAUCUGGUUUCAGAUUUUAAGAUGUCCCACUCAUCACGAAGCUCCUCGCGCAACACUGACUGCAAGGUGUAUGUGGGUGACCUAGGCAACGGUGCUGCCAAGGGGGAGUUGGAGCGGGCGUUCAGCUACUAUGGACCUCUGCGCAGCGUCUGGGUGGCCAGGAACCCGCCUGGCUUUGCCUUCGUCGAGUACGAAGAUCCCAGAGAUGCUGAGGAUGCGACGAAGGGCAUGGACGGCAAGUGAGUACAAAUUAGGUUGCAUUGCAUACAGCAGCACGGUAUUCUGUGGAUUCAUAGGGCUCAAUCUAUAACACUGUCUUCAAUAUUAAAUAUUUUUCAGGUUUUUGCAUGCCUUACACCUGACACUUGCUAGCAGGCAGUGCCUUCGGAAAGAAUUCAGACUCCUUGACGUUUUCCACGUUUUGUUACAACCAUAUUCUAAAAUGGAUAAAAUAAAAACUCAGCAAUCUACACACAAUACCUCAUAAUGACAAAGCAAAAACAGGUUUUUAGGCAUUUUUGCUAAUUUAUUAAACAAACAAAUACCUUGUUUACAUAAGUAUUCCAACCCUUUGUUAUGAGACUUGAAAUUGCGCUCAGGUGCAUCCGGUUUCCGAUGAUCAUCCUUGAGAUGUUUCUACAACUUGAUUGGAGUCCACCUGUGGUAAAUUCAAUUGAUUGGAUAUAAUUUGGAAAGGCACACACCUGUCUAUAUAAGGUCCCACAGUUGACAGUGCAUGUCGGAGCAAAAACCAAGCCAUGAGGUCGGAGGAAUUGUCCGUAGAGCUCAGAGACAGGAUUGUGUCGAGGCACAGAUCUAGGGAAGGGUACCAAAAAAUGUCUGCAGCGUUGAAGGUCCCCAAGAAAACAGUGGCCUCCAUCAUUCUUAAAUGGAACAACUUUGGAACCACCAAGACUCUUCCUAGAGAUGGCCGCCCGGCCAAACUGAACAAUCAGGGGAGAAGGUCCUUGAUCAGGGACAACAACCUGAUGGUCACACUGACAGAGCACUAGAGUUCCUCUGUGGAGAUGGGAGAACCUUCCAGAAGGACAACCAUCUCUGCAGCACUCCACUAAUCAGGCCUUUAUGGUAGAGUGGCCAGAUGGAAGCCACUCCUCAGUAAAAGGCACAUGACAGCCCGCUUGGAGUUUGCCAAAAGGCACCUAAAGGACUCUCAGACCAUGAGGAACAAGAUUCUCUGGUCUGAUGAAACCAAGAUUGUACUCUUUGGCCUGAAUGUAAAGCGUCACGUCUGGAGGAAACUUGGCACCAUCCCUACGGUUAAGCGUGGUGGUGGCAGCAUCAUGUUGUGGGGAUGUUUUUCAGCGGCAGGGACUGCGAGACUAGUCAGGAUUGAGGGAAAGAUGAACGAAGGAGGGUACAUAUAGAUCCUUGAUGAAAACCUGCUCCAGAGCGCUCAGGACCUCCGACUGGGGGGGGAAGGUUCACCUUCCAACUGGACAACGACCCUACGCACACAGUCAAGACAAUGCAGGAGUGGCUUUGGUACAAGUCUCUGAAUGUCCUUGAGUGGCCCAGCCAGAGCCCGGACUUGAACCCUAUCGAACAUCUCUAGAGAGACCUGAAAAAUAUCUUUGCAGCAACUCUCCCCAUUCAACCUGACAGCGCUUGAGAGGAUCUGCAGAGAAGAAUGGGAGAAACUCCCCAUAUACAGGUGUGCCAAGCUUGUAUCGUCAUACCCAAGAAGACUCGAGGCUGUAAUCGCUGCCAAAGGUGCUUCAACAAAGUACUGAGUAAAGGGUCUGAAUACUUAUGUAAAUGUGAUAUUUCCUUUUUUUUUUUUUGCUUUGUCGUUAUGGGGUAUUGUGUGUAGAUUGAGGGAAAAUAUAUAUUUAAUCAAUUUUAGAAUAAGGCUGUAACCUAACAAUGUGGAAAAAGUCAAGUGGUCUGAAUACUUUCCGAAGGCACUGUAUGCCAUCUAUUCUUAAACCACUGUCCUGUUUCAGAGUGCUCUGUGGUUCCCGCAUAAGAGUGGAGUUGUCAACGGGUAUGUCUCGCAAGUCACGCUACGGCCGCCCCAGCCGUCGGCACUUUGACCCCAACGACCGCUGCUACCAAUGUGGCGAGAGCGGCCAUUAUGCAUAUGACUGCUCUCGCUUUGGCAAGAGGGGAGGAGGCCGCCGCCGCAGCAGGUACAGUGUAGAGGUUGCCGACUCCAGAAGGUUUCUUUCACCGUUAAUUGGAUUGUCAGUUUCGUUGAAUGACAUUCAUAUGGUGGCUCCAAGAUAAUGUAAUUUGUGUAGCCACCAUACAUAUACUGUAUGUUGAUCAAUGAUUCUCCUCUCAGGUCUCGCUCACGAUCUCGCUCAAGGUCCAGGGGAAGGCGUUACCGCUCACGCAGCCGAAGUAAUGACCGUGACCGGUGAGUGGUCCUGUUUCACAAAAGGACCCCUGCAAAUUAACUCGACGGGUCUCCUAUGAAAAAUGUGUUUUUGUUAUUUUAUAAUGUAUUAUUCUAGCUGUCCUUGGACCUGUGUGUCUGAUAUUCUAAGGCUGUGUUAACACAGGCAGCCCAAUUCUGAUCAUUUUGCCAAUAAUUGGUCUUCUGACUGAUCAGAUCUUUUGCCAAAUUAGAAUUGGGCUGCCAGUGUAAAUGCAGACUAAGAGACACAGACCUGACUGAUUCAGAUCAGUGUUUUCUUAAUUGCUAUUAUCAGCUUUAUGAGUUCCCUUAUCUCCCUCUAACAGGCGUAAUAGAUCCCCAUCAUACUCAAAGCGCAGAAGCAGGUAAGACUUAAUCUUCUACAGAAAUCGGUGAAUAUACUAUAUUGUGACUUUUUAUUGUAUUUUAUUUUUGACUUUAGUUUGUAGCUACCAUCCCAACUAUAGUCAUCCCAACCCUUAGUUUGCAUAUAGUGGCUCGAGCUGCUUUGAAUAGAUUACAUGACACAGAGGGUAUUGUCUUUGCACGGUAGAUCUGGGUCCCCAGCACGUUCUAAGUCCAGAAGUCCAGUGCACAGAUCCAGGACCCCAGUCCGUCGAUCCAGGACCCCAGUCCGUCGGUCCAGGACUCCAGUGCGCAGAUCAGUAAGGUGAGGCUCACAUAAACGAUAGUCAAUCAUGAAGUUGUAUUUAAACAUGUCUGUCGUCCAGCUCUUACUGAGACACACAAUGCAACUGAAAGUAAUGACUUAUCAAUAAUGCGUGAUUGCGGGGCCUCCCGAGUGGUGCAGCGGUAUAAGGCACUGCAUCGCAGUGCUUGAGGCGUCACUACAGAUCCGGGUUUGAUCCCGGGCUGUGUCGCAGCCGGCUGCCACCGGGAGACCCAUGAGGCGUCGCACAAUUGGCCCAGCGUCGUCCGGAUUAGGGGAAUGUUUGGCCGGCCGGGAUGUCCUUGUCCCAUUGCGCUCUAGCGACUCCUGUGGCGGGCCAGGCGCAUGUACGCUAUCACGGUCGCCAGUUGUACGGUGUUUCCUCCGACACAUUGGUGCGGCAGGCUUCCGGGUUAAGCGAGCAGUCUGUCAAGAAGCAGUGCUGCUUGGCAGGGUCGUGUUUGGGAGGACGCAUGGCUCUCGACCUUCGCCUCUCCUGAGUCCUUAUGGGAGUUGCAGCGAUGGGACAAGACUGUAACUACCAAUUGGGUAGAAAAUGCGUAAUUGCUACUUUCAUUUUACUGAUGAGAAACUGUGGUUUCGAAAAGCCAGUGUGGCCCUUGAAAUUAAACAAGGUGGCGUGCUUUGCCACAAUUCGAUGGGGGCGAUGAAAAUGAAUGGGUUUUGUUUUUUUUCGAUGGAGUGUAGGGCGAGGACCAAAGUUGGGGAAAGCUGAACAUUAUGAAAGUACUAUAGCUUCCAGCACCUACUGGAUUGGCUGCUGAUACCUAGCCUGCUUGUUAGCACCCACAUGAGGGCGAUGCUAGCUUGGCUAUCCAAAUUAUCGUGUUAUGAGGGAAUCCCCUGUAAGGAAGUUUUAGUCAAUGUUUUAAACCAGCCAAUAUGGCACCCAAGACUGUACUACUGUAUCAUGGCAGAGGCCCCUUCCUCGUUUUGAAAUCUAUUCCUUGGGAGAAUACAGAACUUUGGCACAGGUUAAAGUAAACUCAAUCUACAAUCUGACUAGAAGAAUUGAGACAAUUUAGGAAAUACUAUGUUGAAGGUAUGGCAGUAACCAGGUUUCCAUCAAACAAUUUUUGUGAGUAAAGUACCUGUCUGAAACUCAAGACCGGCCUGAUGGAAACUGUCAAAUUGUUUUUAAAAUGUUGACAAAACAAAAUAUCAUAGACAAGGGUGGAUAGUUUAUUUUGUAGGUGAUUAGAUUCUGCGACGAAUUGCGGUUGAAACUAUUUAUUGUGCAAUCGUUGAUAGAAUAACCAUCAUGAGUCAAAUGUGCAGUCACACGAUGCUAUGCAGGGUGGUCCCCCCACUACGACUUUAAAAAGCAUGCACGGUUUAUUAGGCUACAGAUUAAAUAAAUUGUGAUGAAGUUCACAGGGUAGUAAAAGUGCACUGUGAUGAGCUUGAUGCUCCUUUCCAAUAGAUGGAGGGUCAUUGGUGCUUGGCUGCCAAUUGACAAAUACAGAUUCUUGCUCUUCUCCAUAAUCUCAUCAUGUAGCCUACCCUCUGCACUGUAUCUGCAAGCUGUUGUCUAGAGCUUUUAGUGUGCACUUCAUUACGCACAGCCUUUUAUUCGCAAGAAGUUGGUUUGAUGGAAACACACCGCUGCUGGUAAAAAGCCAAUAUUAGAAUAUUCACUUGAAAAUCUGCCAAAUUUAUGGAAACCUAGCUAGUGCUUGAAGUGGAAUGGGUGCUAGUACAAAAAAGAACCAACCAGUUAGGGCUGACUGAUUUUAAUCCAAUUUUAAUCGAAAUUGCGAUAUUGACAUCCGUAUUGCAAGAGGCUGCGACAUUUUAAAUACCACAUAAGUGCGGGAAAACCCACCAGAAGCAGGUGAAGCAAGCGGAGCGAGCUGGGUGGAAAGGACCGGCGGAGUAGUCACUGUAUGCUAGCAGGAUAUUAUCUCCAAUCUUAAGUGAUAGCAAAUGUUUCCAUAAGUUGAUGAAUGGGUCUAGCUUAGCAUGAAUGGUAAGGCCUCGACUCUCUUCCAAUUCAAAUGAGCUUGAAAAAAAUAAUUUUGUGUGGCUACAGCGCCAGCGAUAAAAUAGAGACCCGUUCUAAUUGAGCGACGCGUCAAAGCGUCCGCCCGCCAGGCAUCAUUAUAAUUCAAAACAAUGCAUUCUAAAAUAACGCAUGCUCGUGUCUGAGUUUAGGCCAUUAGCCAUCUAACACUUUAUUUUUUAAAUUUAGAUUUUUUUCUUGAGUUGGAGUUCUCUCCUCUUUUGGCCGCUUCCCAAUCCCACACACCAAGCCCCGCCCCGUCACUCAAGCAGGCAGCUCCCCGUGCUCGAGAUUCACUCUGAAUGCAUUGACCAAACAGUAUGCAGUCAACAGAUUUUCCCAAACAAAAUCAACGCAGCUUUCCACUUUUCUUAAUAUAAAUCCACAUUUUCUAUUAUGCUAUUUGUUUGUAACAUGCUCCAAAUCUGCCCCCCAAAAUUUUUUUGCCCCUAAUGCUGAUCGCUAGCUGGCUAGCGAAAUCCACUGAGGGCAAAUCUUGCUAGCGAACUUUUGCUCUAAUACAGGCCGGUACCAGUGGUGGAGUAUACAGUGGGGGAAAAAGUAUUUAGUCAGCCACCAAUUGUGCAAGUUCUCCCACUUAAAGAUGAGAGGCCUGUAAUUUUCAUCAUAGGUACACGUCAACUAUGACAGACAAAAUGAGAGAAAAAAUUCCAGAAAAUCACAUUGUAGGAUUUUUAAUGAAUGUAUUUGCAAACUGGUGGAAAAUAAGUAUUUGGUCAAUAACAAAAGUUUCUCAAUACUUUGUUAUAUACCCUUUGUUGGCAAUGACACGGGUCAAACGUUUUCUGUAAGUCUUCACAAGGUUUUCACACACUUGCUGAUAUUUUGGCCCAUUCCUCCAUGCAGAUCUCCUCUAGAGCAGUGAUGUUUUGGGGUUGUCGCUGGGCAACACGGACUUUCAACUCCCUCCAAAGAUUUUCUAUGGGGUUGAGAUCUGGAGACUGGCUAGGCCACUCCAGGACCUUGAAAUGCUUCUUACGAAGCCACUCCUUCGUUGCCCGGGCGGUGUGUUUGGGAUCAUUGUCAUGCUGAAAGACCCAGCCACGUUUCAUCUUCAAUGCCCUUGCUGAUGGAAGGAGGUUUUCACUCAAUCUCACGAUACAUGGCCCCAUUUAUUCUUUCCUUUACAUGGAUCAGUCGUCCUGGUCCCUUUGCAGAAAAACAGCCCAAAGCAUGAUGUUUCCACCCCCAUGCUUCACAGUAGGUAUGGUGUUCUUUGGAUGCAACUCAGCAUUCUUUAUCCUCCAAACACGACGAGUUGAGUUUUUACCAAAAAGUUUUAUUUUGGUUUCAUCUGACCAUCAUAGGUACACGUCAUAUGACAUUCUCCCAAUCCUCUUCUGGAUCAUCCAAAUGCACUCUAGCAAACUUCAGACGGGCCUGGACAUGUACUGGCUUAAGCAGGGGGACAUGUCUGGCACUGCAGGAUUUGAGUCCCUGGUGGCGUAGUGUGUUACUGAUGGUAGGCUUUGUUACUUUGGUCCCAGCUCUCUGCAGGUCAUUCACUAGGUCCCCCCGUGUGGUUCUGGGAUUUUUGCUCACCGUUCUUGUGAUCAGUUUGACCCCACGGGGUGAGAUCUUGCGUGGAGCCCCAGAUCGAGGGAGAUUAUCAGUGGUCUUGUAUGUCUUCCAUUUCAUAAUAAUUGCUCCCACCGUUGAUUUCUUCAAACCAAGCUGCUUACCUAUUGCAGAUUCAGUCUUCCCAGCCUGGUGCAGGUCUACAAUUUUGUUUCUGGUUCCUUUGACAGCUCUUUGGUCUUGGCCAUAGUGGAGUUUGGAGUGUGACUGUUUGAGGUUGUGGACAGGUGUCUUUUAUACUGAUAACAAGUUCAAACAGGUGCCAUUAAUACAGGUAAUGAGUGGAGGACAGAGGAUCCUCUUAAAGAAGAAGUUACAGGUCUGUGAGAGCCAGAAAUCUUGCUUGUUUGUAGGUGACCAAAUACUUAUUUUCCACCAUAAUUUGCAAAUAAAUAAAUUAAAAAUCCUACAAUGUGAUUUUCUGGAAAUGUUUUUCUCAAUUUGUCUGUCAUAGUUGACGUGUACCUAUGAUAAAUUACAGGCCUCAUCUUUUUAAGGUGGAGAACUUGCACAAUUGGUGGCUGACUAAAUACUUUUUUUCCCCACUGUAGCAGCAUUGUUUGUGCAACAGCUUGUUCUUAAUCUGAAGAAAAGGUGAAUAAUAUUCUAAAAUCUUUGUCUGAAUGUUUUAUCUAAUUAGGGUCCCAUGGGAAACUCUGACCAACACUUUGGUUCAUACACUCACAACCAUCUCCUCCCCUUUUCAUUAUUUGCAUUCCAACUGCCCACUGUAUUCCAACCUUUAAAAUUAGAAUGAUCAUUCUAAUUUUAUUAUAUUUCUUAAAACACAGGUAAACUGUUGGAAUUAAUCUAUGAUCGCAAGUAAAAUUGCAAUAUUUGGUACAAACAUCACAAUUAGAUUUUUUUUUGCCCAUAUUGUACAGACCUACAACCAGUAUUGCAUUGAGGAUUUAGAGACCCCUCCUUGCCCACUGACGCCAAUGCUGUUUCUUCUGCAGUCGCUCCCAUUCCCGGUCAGUGUCCCGCCCCAGGGCGCGGAGCGUCUCCAGAUCUCGCUCCAGGUCCCGCUCAGCCACCACCAAGAGGAACAGGUAUUCAACUUCAGAAUCUCCUCAUACCCCUACACCAGGGUUUCCCGAAUUCUGUCCUCGGGACCCCCAAGGGGUGCAUGUUUUUUUUUUGCCCUAGAACUACACAGCUGAUUUCAACUAAUCAUCAAGUUUUGAAUCAGCUGUGUAGUGUUAGGGCAAAAACCAAAACGUGCACCCCUCAGGGUCCCAAGGACUGAAUUUGGGAAACGCUGCCCUACACAUUCUGUCAUGUGGCACUGAAGUAAGACUAUUUUAUUCAUGCAUUUGGUACUGGAGACUAACUUAAAUUCAACUCAGUCAAAAUGGGUCGCCUCUGUCUAUACACUGGUUUUCCCUCUCCUGCACCACAGAUGUGGUCUUUCUCCAGUUUGUAUCCCAGAUUACUUGCUAUUGCUUAGUUAUGGGGAUUACCAGAUGCUUGUACAACUUUCAGGUUCUACCUUUUUUUUUUUUUUUGUCCCCAGUGUCUAAACACAAUGAUGAUUUUGAGUUAGGAGUAGUGCCUGGUGCACUGUUGAUGAAAUAGCUAUACUAAUGUUCAUGCUUUGUUUCAAAGGUCGUGCUCCACUGAAAAUGCGAAUUGUCUUCCUGCCUUGUUUCAGCCGAUCCAGGUCUCCCAGCCAGAGGAAAAGCCCCAUACCUGAUGCUGACUGACCAUGGGGGCGAAACCGCUUCAUUCCCUCCUAUCCCUAUUUGCCUCAGGGCUUGAAGCCAUUUUACACAUUUGUCCAUUUGUAUUUUGAUUUCUUUCUCCUCCUGUCAUUUACUUUAUUUAUCCCUUGGUGUUCAUCCUCUGGCUUUGGAAUUAUUUCAUCUGUAUGUACAACAGAUUCCCAAGCGAUCCUUUUUCCAUGUACAUUUCAAUGGCUCUUUUUACAGUGGUGAGAAAUGUUUUUAGCUUUCUGUGCAUUUUUAAUUUGUUAGUCUUUGCCCAGUGUUUGUUGCAUUUUUUUUUUUUUUUACAGAUAUAUUGGGCAAUAUAGCAGUUCCAGUCGAGUGCAUUGAAGUGUACUCCGCUGUACUAGAAGCAGAAUGAUUUAGGGUUUUAUUUCAUUUAAUGUAAAUGGCGGUAUCUUUUUA